AUGCGAGCGCACCGGGCGGCCCUGGGCCCAGGCGCCGCGGUGGCGGCGACGCAGCCGACGGCGCGAUCAGUAGCCGCGGUGCGCCGCCAGGGCGUUGCUCCCUGCAGACAAUGGACAUUCCCAAUGGCGCAGCUGGCCGCAUUGCGCGGACCUCGCCUCCCGAUGCAGCACGUUCUCAGCCCUUCUGGCGCCGACUCGAGUCGAGGCGGCGGGGCGGGGCGCGGCCGGGGCGGCAUCGCUUGCCGAGCGACCCUGGCGGAGGUGCUGACGGGCGUAGGGCUGUUCUUCACGCCCGGCGCGCUGGCGUGCCUGUACGCUCUGUACCUGGGCAAGGGCGACUUCGGGGACGGGCUUUCGCGCCUGCUGACCCAGGUCAGCCGCGGCUACUUCCAACACAACCUGGGCGGUGACCACGUGCCGAUCUGCGACGGGAAGCUUUCGGACCUGACGGGCGACAAGCCGCUGUUCACGUUUCUGUACGACUGGUUCGUUCGACAAGGGGGCGUCUACAAGCUCGAGUUCGGUCCGAAGGCGUUCUUGGUGGUGUCGGAUCCUGUCGUCGUCAGGCACAUCAUAAAGGAGAACUAUGACAACUACGAUAAGGGCGUUCUUGCUGAGAUCCUUGAGCCCAUCAUGGGGAAGGGUCUCAUUCCGGCAGACCUGGAGACCUGGAAGCCACGACGGAGAGCCAUCGCACCUGCUUUCCACAAAGCAUUCCUGGAGACAAUGAUGGAAAUGUAUGGGAAGUGCACAGAGAGGUGCAUCCAAAAGUUCGAUGGACUUCUCAGCUCAGGCUCCACCCCGACAGUGGACAUGGAAAAGGAGUUCCUGAAUCUUGGCCUGGAUAUAAUUGGCCUAGGUGUGUUCAACGUCGACUUUGGAAGCAUUAAUGAGGAAUCGCCUGUCAUACAGGCUGUCUAUGGUGUGCUCAAAGAAGCUGAGCACCGCUCCACAACCUACUUUCCAUACUGGGACCUACCCCUGGCGAGGUACUUGGUGCCCAGGCAGAGGGAGUUCCAUGCUGACUUGGCAGUCAUCAAUGGCUGCCUCGAUGACCUGAUUUCUCAGGCCAAGUCAACACGCCAGGAGGAGGACCUGGAGCAUCUGCAAAACAGGGACUACUCAAAGGUGACAGAUCCUUCAUUGCUCAGAUUCCUGGUCGACUUGAGGGGAGAGGAUGCCUCUGACAUGCAGCUGCGCGAUGACUUGAUGACAAUGCUGAUAGCCGGGCAUGAAACUACUGCAGCCGUUCUCACAUGGUCGCUGUUCCUGUUGUCCCAAAGUUCUGAAUGGCAGCAGAAGGUAUUGGAUGAAGUCGACGACGUAGUGGGAGAUGCUGUUCCAGAUCUUGAGGCCAUUAAAGGUCUCCCUUCCCUUCGAGCAGUUCUUGCAGAGUCUCUUCGCCUGUACCCCCAGCCACCCAUCCUCAUUCGGCGAGCACUGGCAGACGACGUGCUGCCCCCUGGCCUGGGUGGACACCCAGAUGGCUACCCAGUUGGAAAGGGUGCAGACCUCUUCAUCUCUUCAUGGAAUCUACACAGAUCUCCACACACUUGGAGGGACCCACACGAGUUCCACCCUGAGCGAUUCUCAGAGACCUUCACUAACGACAACUUUGAGGGGCACUGGGCAGGCUUCGAUCCAUCUGCAGGAGGCAAUUCGCUGUAUCCGAAUGAGGCUUCGUCUGAUUUUGCAUUCAUCCCAUUUGGAGGCGGGGCUCGGAAGUGUGUUGGGGACCAAUUUGCCUUCUUGGAAGCUGCCUUGAUCAUGGCAAUGCUGCUUCGAAGGUUCAGAUUUCGAUUGACGGGCCGGCCAGAGGACAUGCGCAUGGCAACGGGAGCGACGAUCCACACCGCAGAUGGGCUCAUGAUGACGGUGGAACGUAGGACGCCAGGAGGAGCUGUCGAGGCAAAGGAAGAGGGCGAAGUUGUCGUGUUGUCCCCGGCAUAA